AUGGAGGCACAUCUCUUCGCCUCCUUCUUGCGACCGGCCUCUUCGCUGAGCGUCCGCCGUCAAUUACCGCGCCUCUGCACCAGAUGUCUGCUGCACACAUCGUCCGCGAAGCACGCAACGCCCGCCCAUCAUCCUACCGUCCCCGGUCCACCUCCGCCAGCGCCCCGAGCAGCUGUAUCAUAUCCGACAGACCGCGUAGCGAGGAAGCGCCAGCAAGCUGAGCAGCUUCGUCAGAGCCAGACCACAAAAGUAAACCCGCCAAAACCUGGGAAUCCACUACAGAAACGUUUCUGGAAGGACGUGACGGUCAAGGAAGAUGGAGAAAACGGACUACAGAUACUUUUGGAUAGUCGCCCGGUACGGACGGCGGCGAGACAGGUCUUGACUCUGCCCAAGACGAAGAGAGCGCUUGCUACAUCCAUCGCAAUCGAGUGGGAUCAAUUGGUUUCGGCACAGCAGGCAUUGAAACACCACUACAUUCCCCUGACUUCGAUCGCAUCACGGGCACUCGACAUCCAAGCCGCCGAUCAGCAGGGCAAUGCUUCAAUACGGGAGAAUAUCAUCAACAUGGUGAUGCGCUACCUCGGCACGGACACUCUGUUGUGCUGGGCACCCAAGACAAACCUGCACGAUCCGACCGAAACCGCGUCAACUGCGAACUUGAGGGAGAAGCAAAAGACCAUUGCGGAGCCCGUGAUUGCAUUCCUGACCACUCACGUUUUUCCCGGAGUCGAGAUUGUAGAAAUUCUCGACGAGGACAGCAUCGUUCCCAAAUCGCAGCCAGAGAUGACGACUCAGGUCAUCAAAGGCUGGGUCUCGGGCCUUCCACCAUUCGAGCUCGCGGCGCUGGAGCGAGCCGUCCUGGCUACGAAGAGCUUGCUCAUCGCUGCCCGCAUCUUGGUGGAAUGGAGUCAGGAGUGGACGCAUUUGCACGACAUACAAGGUCGCGACGCAACGAGAUUCGGAAUAGAGCAGGCGCGGGAAGCGGCGACGCUAGAGCUCAGUCACCAAACAGAACAAUGGGGAGAGGUAGAAGAUACCCAUGAUGUCGACAAGGAGGACAUUAGGCGCCAGCUAGGCAGUGCCAUCCUCCUCGUAAGUUAGACCUGUAUCAACACAUUGUGCAGCAUGCCAGAACGCUUUCGGAGUUUAUGCAUGCGUUUCUCAGCAGGGUCUGCAAGCUGAGGUAGGCUACCCGAGCUCUCUAGGAGGAACUUCCAGGCUCUCAGGCACAUUAAUCAGAUGAGCGGGGUGAUGAAAUCAUUGAAAGACCUUACCGUUUGUCAUCGGCGAACUUAGCUCCUCAUAACCUAUUUGGAGACCAUUGGAGAGCUCACAAAUUCAGACAACGUUCACAAGAUCCAAGAUCGAAGACCUUCUUCAUCUACCAGCAGAAACCAACCGAAUCGACUCGGUCCGCAAAGCGUUGCCAUGGCUCCAAGCAAAGAAUCCCAAGCUCUCGCCGAGCUCUUCAAGACUCUGGGUGCGCAUUUCCCAGCUGAUGGAAACCCUUUCAUCGAACGCGCGGUCUAUGAUCAGGUGCAUACAGCUGCUACUGAGGCUUCUGGAGUUUCAUAUGAGAGUGUCACGGUCGCCGGACGGGAAGCUAUCUGGGCCAGACCGAAGGGGGCUUCGGAAAAACAUGUCAUACUCUUCAUGCAUGGUAAAUACAAACCUGCAGUAGCAGAUUUGAAUGUUGCUAAACCUGUCGUAUUGUAGGCGGCGGCUACACCUUCGGCUCCAUCUCCAGCCAUCGAAAACUCACCGGCCAUCUCGCCAAAGCAUGUAAUUCCCUCGCCCUCUCUGUGGAUUACAGACUUGCGCCUGAACACCCUUACCCGGCUCCUCUGGACGAUUGCGUGAAUGCGUAUCAAUGGCUCCUCGCUCAAGGAUUCCCAGCUUCCAACAUCGUCACGGCGGGCGACAGUUGUGGCGGCGGCCUCGCCACCGCAGUCCCUCUCGCCGCCCAACAGAAAACCCUCCCGACCCCCGCGGCGGCCGUCAGUCUCUCGCCGUGGUACGAUCUCACCGGAUCCCUCGAUUCGCGGACCCGAAACGAAAAUCGCGAUGUCUUGAAUACCCACGAGAAUAUGGAAAAAUUGGCAAAUCGAUACACGGCUUCGGACCCUUCUCUCCGGAAGAACCCCCUGCUCAGUCCCCUCUUCGCUUCCGACGAGGCAUUGAAGUCGCUCCCGCCGCAUUGGAUUUCCUGCGCCGGGGAGGAUAUGCUCGUCGACGAGGGCACGGAAUUCGCGGAGCGGUUGAAACGCGUGGGCGUGGACGUGGUGGUGGAAGUGCAUGAGGGACAGCAGCAUGUGAUGGAAUUCAUGGUGGGGAGAGCCCCGGAAGCGGAUGCGAGUGUGAGGAAGAUUGGGGAGUGGGUUCGGGGGAAGACGGGAGCGUGA